UCAACUUGAAAAUCUAGUUUUAGACAGACACAAGCACGAUACGGGAUCACACCCAAGGUGUCCUUCACAUCAUCUUGAGACGAUUCCAAACGAUUGUUACCAGGCACAGUGGUGGCAUGAAGUCCCUUGUUACGUUUUGUGCUCUGCUUUGUGUGCUGAGAGAUGUCCAUAGCGCCCCUGCCGGGAAAGGAGAGAAUCAACUUGUAAAACAAUUGGGCGAUAAAUUGAAGUUUAGCAAAAAUGAGGAGAAAGCUGUGGAAGAACUGAUCGACGAUGAGAAAGGAAAGACGGACAAUGAAAGCAACAAUAUCCCUUUUCGGAUGCAAGUAGAUCAGAUUGUGGAGAAAUUGAAAGUUCUGAAGGACGACGAGAUACAGAAAGUGAGACACCUUUUCAACAAGAAGUUGGGAAAUGUAGCAACAGAUAAGAUCUUCUUGGAGGCACACCGAAUCUAUGAAGACCAACAGAAUGCAAACAGAGCAUUAGAAGAGGACCUGUGGUUGGACAAGGAGGAAGAUGAAGCGUUUGAAAAACUUGUGGAAGACAUUGAGACGGGAAACGACCCGUACAAAGAAGAUAACAAAACUCUCUAUGGAAUAGGGUUGUUUGCUUCUUCAGUGACUGCCCUACCUAAAGAUGAACAGGAACUAGUUCGAGGCCUGAUCAUUAACAGAUAUGGUGAAGACAUGGGCAGACGACUGUUGGACAAGAUGAGAGAAAUUAACAUCCACGUGAACAACCUAUUAGAAACUGACUGGGAAUAUACCGACAUGGCACUGGACUCGGAGGAGGGGGAUGUCGAGGAGGAAAGACGGUUCUGGAGAAACCUUGGACUUGAAGUUCCAGACGCCUUGUUAGUAGAGGACCCGUGGGCGACUGAUGACCCGGAUCUGGAGGAGGCUUGGGAGGAGGAAGAAGAACAAGAAGCGGCCGACGCCAAGGAAACCAAGAGUUUCUGGAAGAAGUUAGGCAUAGAGACACCUGGUGAGAAAAAAUAGGGGGCCACCAGGAAUAACGCUAAUGAUGGACACGUAGUAGAAUGGUCUGUGAGGGAGAGUAGUGAGGAGUAAGGACGAGGAAACAGGGCUUUGAAUUUCACGAGGAAAUCACCUUCACGAGUUUAUUAUUCUUAGUUUGACAAACCAACGAUAAAUUACGAGGAAACAUGAAGUUGACAGAUUUCCUUUGAAUAUCGAUGAUUGUCAAUUCAGAUUCUAAAGAUUCAAAAUUCACUAUGGACUCUACCAACACAGAUGAGCUUUCAUUCGUCUAUGCAGAUUUGGGUAGUUUCGGAUACAACAAUCUGCCUCUAAUGAUUAGCACUGAAAAUGUAAUACUAUCAAAUUAUUCAUUUUGAUGAAAGCAAAUAGAUUAUGCAGUAUUCCUUUUGUUAGAGCAUAUAUUUUCAGAUUGUAUAAGAUCAUGUAUAUUACACGCCAAGCAUAUACAUAUUGCAAGUCUGUAUCGUGAUCCUAUGAUAGAAACAGUUACCCUAUUAAAGUACAUUGAAAAUCUUUGCAUACAGAC